GUAAAAAUAUUUAAAAUUGAAAACUUUUGACUGGUAGUGAUUUCAAUCAGUCGUGACCAGUGAUCUAAUAUUUACGUUCGCGUACUCUCCACACCACCAGAUGGCGGUGUUGAACUUGUGCAGUGACGGAAAAGCACAUCAGUCACAGCAGACACGUGGUUGUGGGUAAAAGCUGUUGAUAGUUGACACUAUGUUGGCAUAGAUGCGACGUUUUUAUAUGUAAUGUUAGUCUAAUGUUAUUAGACACGUCAAUAAAGCGUGAUCUCGCCACAUACUGGUUUCCGUCUGCUGUCGAUUUUCGUUUAACUGGGAUUUCAAACGUCCACAUUGCGGCUUCAUUGAGUUGAGUUGUCAUCGUAAAGUCUACAGGAUAAACAUGGCCAAAAAUAAACAGAGAGGAAAAAAGCAGCAGAAUGUAUUUCAGGUCGCGAACAAACAGUCAAAACCCAAGACCAAAACGAAACCCGUCAAGACCUCCCUCAAACAUAUAAACACUAUGAGAAAUGAAAAAGUGGAAAGCUUGAAUCAGAUGUUCACAGAAGUACAGCGAGAUGUCAAAAGUAUAUCAAAACCAACAUCCAGUGAACCCAAAAAAGUACAGAAGGUGGUCAGAGAAGCUCCACGGGAAGCUGUCAACGUGGAUAAUGCUGCAGAGCUUUUCUCUCAACUGUAGAAGACCGUUUUAUAAUGCUGAAAAUGGACUAAUCACACACACUUCAUAUCUAAAUC